UUUGUUAUUAUAUAUAUGUGGGUUUAUACUUAUAUUAUUGUUUGUAUGUAUGUAUGAUUAUAUAGAUUGAUAUAAAUCGAAUCUUGGUUAAACCUCCGAUUAAAAAUGUCGGCCCCUCAUCAAGGCCCAAAUGGUUAUGGUUUGUACACUUCAUAUCCUUCACCAGAAGCUUCUUAUGAAGAAAUCACACAAAACCCACAAUUUUUCCUGGAAAAACUUCAAAUUUUUCAUUCUCUUUUUGGUACCAAGUUCAAGAUCCCUAUCAUUGGAGGAAACUCUUUAGAUCUUCACCGGCUAUUUAUAGAGGUUACAUCACGAGGUGGCAUCGAAAAGAUUGUUAGUGACCGGAGAUGGAAGGAAAUAAUGGCUGUCUUCAAAUUUGGUCCUACAAUCACCAACGCCUCUUUCAUUUUGCGCAAGGCCUAUCUAUCUUUGCUCUAUCAUUUUGAGCAGGUCUAUUAUUUCCGCAAGAAAGCACCCACUGUUUCUGAUGCUAAAGACAGACUCUCCCAUGGAUCAGCAAGACAAGUGGUUGAGGUUGGCGGACAAGUAAGUGGAACCAUUGAUAACCGAUUUGAACAGGGUUAUAUAGUUACAGUGGAUCUGGGGACGGAAAAGCUGUCAGGUUUUCUAUAUCAUCUGCCAUCCGAUUCCCCAGCCCCUUCCCAUGGGACCCACAAUAUGUAUCAGCUUGCACUAAGGGAACCUUCUCCUGAACCAGACGUGAGUGGCUAUGAUAUGUUUUUCACCGAGCACUAUAUCAGGUUAAAGCCUUUGUACCAUGGUCAGGAGAAUGUCAUACGCAAAAGAAUUCAAGUUUUGUGGAGCACUUUGACGGAAGAGGAGAAACAGGUGUAUCAGGAGAAGGGCUUGAGAGGCACUGAAAGAUAGGGCAUAAAAUUGCUUACAGGACUUGUUUCACAUUUAGCUAGAGCAUGUAGGUUUUUCCGUCUGUUGUAGAAUCUUGGUUUGUUGAUGUACUUUGUCUACAUUUCUGCCUAAUCCAGUUUAUUGUAGUUUAGCAUUGUUAUAGUUUA